UCUGUGGAAGCAAGCACAUCAACCAUCAGCGCUUUCGAUGGCUUCUUCUUCUUCCUCUUCUUCUUCUUCGAAUCUGAAAAGAAAUUGCCAUGUGUUCCUGAGCUUCAGAGGCACGGACGUCCGUAACAAUUUCCUCGGCCAUCUUUAUGCGGCUUUGGACCAGAAAGGAGUACACACUUUCAUGGACAGCGAAGAGCUUAGGAUAGGAGAGCAAAUAUCGCCGGCGCUUAUGGAGGCGAUCAAGGGAUCGCGCGUCGCAAUAAUCGUUUUCUCCAAGAACUAUGCUGCCUCGCGGUGGUGCUUGGAAGAGUUGGCCAGAAUUAUGGAGUGCAAGGAGCAAAGAGACCUUAAGGUCUUUCCCGUGUUUUACAAAGUUGAACCCAGAGAAGUGAGAACACCAAGAAAGAGUUAUAGAAAAGCCAUGGCUACGCAUGAGUCAAAAUUUGGGAAGGAUUCGCAGGAAGUGAAGAGAUGGGAGAAGGCUCUCCGCGAUGCCGGUAGCUUGUCUGGGCUGGAAUUCCAUGAGGGAGAUGAAGCGGAGCUCAUAAAACGCAUCAUAAAGGAACUAUCAAUUCAUCUAGAGCGUACACCCUUGCAUGUCGCUAAGUAUCCGGUCGGAAUAGAUUCCCGAGUUCAGCAAGUGAUAUCAUUGUUAGAAAAUGAGACGGGUGAUGAUGAUGUUCUCAUGGUAGGUCUAUGGGGACCUGGAGGCAUAGGGAAGACAACAAUUGCUAAAGCCUUAUAUAAUUAUAUUGAGAAAGAUUUUCAGGGUACCUGUUUUUUGGAGCGAGUAAGAGAAACUUCAAACGAAAGCAAUGGUCUAGUUUCUUUGCAAGAAAAACUUCUAUCACAAAUCUUAUCUCAUAGAAACUUGGCGGUAUAUAAUGUGGACGGAGGAAUUACUUUGAUACGGGAAAGACUUUGUUGCAAGAAGAUUCUUCCGGUUCUCGAUGAUGUGGAUCGCUUGGCUCAACCGGAUGCGUUAGCUGGAGGAGGCCAUUGGUUUGGCCAAGGAAGUAGAAUUAUUGUUACAUCAAGAGAUAAACAUUUGCUGACUUCUCAUGGCAUAACUUGUGUCCAUGAAGCUAAAACUUUAAGCGACGAUGAAGCACGAGACCUUUUUUGUCGGCAUGCCUUCCUAGAUAGAAAGAAAAUUGAGAUAAGAAGGGAUCUCAUAGAUAGAGCAGUGCAUUAUGCGAACGGCCUUCCAUUAGCCCUCCAAGUGUUCGGCUCAUUCUUAUGUGGAAGAAAGGAACCUGCAUGGGAAAGUGCACUACGCAACCUCUCCAAAAGUCCCGACCAUACUAUCAAUAGUGUUCUCAAGACAAGCUUCUAUGGAUUGGAUGACAAGGCGAGGGAAAUUUUCCUCGACAUCUCUUGCUUCUUUAAGGGGAAACGUAUAGAAUACAUCAAAGAAGUCCUUGACAAUUGCGGUUUUGAAUCAACUAUAGGAAUAGAAGUUCUUAUCGAGCGGUCCUUGAUAACAAAUGAGAAUGGGUACCUGCAAAUGCAUGAUUUAAUUCAGUUGAUGGGUAAGGAUAUUGUUAUUCAGGAAUGCCGCAAUGAUCCUGGGCAGCGCAGUAGAUUAUGGCUUUUCGAAGAUGUUUCGGACAUCCUAUGUGGAGAUACGGGAACGAAUGCAGUGAAGGCCAUAGUAUUGGACUCUCGCAAAGCGUAAGAGAUAACUAUUAGUCCUCAUGCUUUCACAAACAUGAAAAGGUUGAGAAUUCUCAUUUUGUCCGAAGUGCAUAUCUCUUCAGAAGGUCCCGUACGUCUCCCUAACGAGCUAAGAUGGCUUAAAUGGCCCAAUGCACCGGAUCUAGAAUUUGGCUCUGGUCCAAAGAAACUUGUUGUAAUUGAUGUCC